AUGCGUUUCUCCACCCUCUUCUCUAUCGCCAGCCUAUCUUUGGCUGCUCAGGCCAGUCCCAUGCGCCGAGACGACCCUCACCGAGCCGAUUUUCGUAUCUGGAGCGAAACAGGUUGCGGCCAAAACGGCUCAAAUGAAGGAAACCUAGGUGUUUGGACAAUCAACGAAUCCCAGACCAACCAGUGUCAACCGACGUUCAACGCCCAAGUAGUAAAGGGAAUAUUCCUCAACGACAUUCAAACCGAUAACCAGACUACGUGCACGAUGUAUGCGUACACAGAGGAGAACUGCGGCGGAGUUGCUCAAGUUGUCUCGAUCAAGGAAUGCGCGAAUGUUCCUGACGGUGAUGCUAGCUUUGUCAGCUUCAAUGUCGAGUGCAACGCUCCCUGA